AUGAGCGCGUGGAGAAGAUUUUCAGGCAGCUCGGGGGAAUGGGAGGUGACCUACGAGGAGUUUGCCCGCACUCGGCUGCAACCCAUGGACCGAGUCGCAGAGGCAGUUCACGGCGCGCCGCAACUCGGAGCUGCAGUCGGUGGCCGCGGGCAGCGACGUGCCCGAGUGGAAGGUAAUGAACACCUCGCAGAUGGAGCGCGCCGGGAACAGCCCGUGGGCGUUGUCCCCGAAAAGUUCGCCGAAGGUGGCCUCCCCGUCCCCGAUGAGCACCGGGAACCGCUUCAGAAUGGUGGAGGCACCCAUGAUGCAGAGCAUGCAGGGGUCCGCCCCUCCAGUCCUGUUGGAGAAGGCCAGCGUCGCCGUGGAGCGCUCGUUGCCCAGGUUGCAGCAGGAGCGCCCGCCCACCGUGGGCGGCCCCGACGUCUGCCGCCUGGUGGUCAGGAGAACGCGGACUACCAGAGGCUGAGGGCGAAUCCGGUCCUCAUACCAGUUUUCGAGGCAGCGCUCAAGGGGGCCAUCUGCAAGGAGGCUGGCCGGGACAUGAUAACCCCCGAGUGCAUAUCAAUGUCGCUCUCCGCCGGCUCCAUCGUUGCCGAGUACGUGAUCGAGAUGGGUGACCUCGGCGAGGCCGCGCAGAACAACAUCUACCACAAGUUGCGCUGCUCCUCCACCCUUGCCCACACCUGCCUGAUGUCGCUCGCCAGGGUAAAGGGCAUCGAGGCCGUUUGCACGGGCAGGCUCGAGGUCUGCGACCUGAGCUUCCCCGCGCCAGCCCAAGAGCGCGACAGUAUGAUGUUGGCCGAGGGCAGCGACGAGCCGAGCUGCAGGCAGAUCGAGGGCUCGGAAGACUUCCGCGCAUUCGCGACGAUGUUGUUGCAGAAGUUCUCCACGGUGGAACAGGCGGCUCUUGUCGCGGUCGAUCGGGAGCAGGUCGGCACCUGGGAGUACUUGCUCAACCAGCGCAAAGGCUUGCGGAGCCAGAGGGAGCGGUGCGAGUUGAAUAUAAAGCGUUGGAUCAUGAGCGCCGCCUGCGCUGGGUCCAUCAUGAGCGCCGCCUGCGCUGGGGACAAUGACGGCAUGAUGAUCUUCGACCGCCCAGGAUUGAGCGAUGAGGAGAUCAGGUGGAACACUCAGAUGAUAGACUGGGAGCGUCGGAACCCGCCAGGGGCGACUGGGAUCGAAGGCUGUGCACGGCACCACUGGGAUCUUCAGCGGUGGGUGAGGCAGCAGCGGCGCCUGUCAAACGCCCAGAGUCGCCAGAGAGAGGCGUCGCCGCGCCAGCGCCAGUUGGCUGCAACAGCGUCGAGCGGGCGGCGAGAGGCAGCAACAGCUCGUGAGGGCGCAGGCGCUAGUGGCCCGCCGAUGGCGGCGAGGAGCGGAGUCAGGCUGACGGAGCUUCCGUCGGAGGCCGACAGAACGCGGGCCCAGGCCGAGCAGUCGGAGGCGGGCCACUACAAGCCCGAGCCAGAGCGAGCGCGGCAGGAACGCAUGGAGGCUGAGCGGCGCCAGCUCUUAUCACAGGCUCCACGUGGGCCAGCCACGCGGGCGACGACGGUUUCUGCCACCGCGAAGCACAGGGAGGGGCCUAUCGAGCGCGGGGAACUUCUUAAGCGGCAGGCGGAACAGACGACGAAUGCCCGCAUAGUUGCAAGAGCCAUGUCAGCCUUCCCACUACGUGCAAAGGUCGGUCAGACGGCGGAGCAGUCCAAAGGUUACAAGUCCAUCGCCAAGUUGCCCCCCGAGGAGGCCGCAGUCGUCGAGCAGAGCAAGCCGAAGCGCCUUCCACCCUUUGUUUUGUCGCCCCCGCACGAGGCCAUUCCCGUGUUCCACAAGGACUGGGCGCUGGUCGAGGGUGCGUGGUCGGACCCCGACAAGCUCGUUCUGGAAUUACAGCUGCGGGCAGAGAGGAACAAUAUGAUACAUGAGUACCUCCUAGCCGGCUUCCCCGUGUGGUACCCGAGCUCGGGAAGCUCCAUGUGGCCUCUGGUGCGGUCGCACGACUUCUGCACCUUUCACCCCAUCCAAGCUGUAACAGCGGAAGCGGGCCCUGGCGGCGUCGUGAAGGAGGCGCCCACCGUGCAGAAAGGAGACAUCGUCUUCUGCCCGGUGCAACCGCAGCACCAAUACUACGCGCACAUCGUGAUCAAGGCAGAAUGGGACUUCCACAGGCGCGAGUACAAGUACUGGAUCGGCGACAUGAGGCAGAACAUCAAUGGCUAUUGUCUCAGGGAGCACAUCUUCGGGAUCCUCGUGGACGUGCAGGCGCAGUGCCAUGGCAACUACUACAGUCGCCCGCGCCCAGAAACGCUGUACGACAGACCGGUGUCUGCCCGCCUUCUGCGAGACAUGUUCGGCGGCUCGGAUGACGAGGCCACUGGAGGUAUGACGCUCUAUUCUAUGUUGAAGCCAGAGUUGCCGUGGACGUUCGGACCGUGGCCGCCGCCGCUGCGAGUCCGCAACAAGCCGACCAGGGAGGUUUUGCAGCGGGCGUGGGCGCCGCUGGCGGCACCCGCAGAGCAGCGCGAGAUCCAGACAGUCAAGGUCAUGGCCAAUGACACCAUCAGCGCCGAGGGCGUCAAUGGUGGUGGCAUGGGCAAGGGGAACAAUGACACAUUUUCGUUCAUCACAGAUCGCCUGUGGCUCGACCUUUCACGCGGGGGACCGCCUACCGACGCUGUCGAGGGCCGAGCAGGAUGCGGCGACGGUGGCGACAAGGCCUCUGGAGUUCGGAGCCCGAGGGCCUUUGCAGGGGUCGAUGGCGGCAGCGCGCUUCAGUUCGCGAAGGUCGCCUGUUUCGACGACGACGGCAAAAGAGUGACAGCGCCUGCCAGGCGUCGCAUGCGCUCGCGCAGCCGAGAGACACGGCUUAAGAUGAUGUGGGAAGGCGCCCGGGAGGACGCUCGACAGGUGCUUAGUGAUUGUCGCGGCAUGCAAUCGAUGUUUGUACACCAGCCCCUCAUCGACAUCGACGUUGGUCUAGUGAUGAAGCGCGUGCGGCACCUCCGCGAUCGCGCCAUCGCCUCUGGGCGCUCCGUCUACAUCGGCACGACGAGCGACCCUUCAUGGCGAUGGAAUGGAGGAUGGGGGUGGCGAGGAAACGACCGAAGCUUCAUGCGCGGGCACAAGCUCAGCUACGAUGAAAUGCAAGUGGUCGCGUCCUUCCCCGACAAACAAUGCGGAGAGGUUGAGAUGCAUGUGAUCGCGCACUUCCCCCGUGCUGACAACAAGGCCGCGUCGCAGCAGGGGCUUGCGGUCAGGCACUGCGCAUACAGCUUCCUAUAUGUCUUCAGGCAUUUCUUGCAGCGCCUGCAGUGGCAGCAGCAGGACGGGCUAACCACCGUUAUCACCACGAUGCUCAAUUUCUUGGCCAACGCACAGACCAAGGACGAGAAGAUGGAUGAUAUUCUGGUUCUCCUGCGGGCGCAGGGACAGAUGCUCGCGGAUCUCAUGCGGGCGCAGAACAAACUGCAGAAGCAAGUCGAGGAGCUCGAUCAGAAAGUGGAGGAGCUCAAGCAGAAGGACGGGCUAACCACCGUUAUCACCUCGAUGAUCCAUUUCUUGACCAACGCUGCUCCUAACCUUACGGCGCAGAACAGCAUGGCCGGGAAGAUGGAUCAGAUUCUGGACCUCCUGCGGGCGCAGGGGCAGGCGCUCCAGGACCUGCGGGAGAAAGUCGAGGAGUUCGAUCAGAAAGUGGAGGAGCCCAAGCAGCAGGACAAGAAGGAGGUCUUGAACCUCCGUGGCAUGAGCGAAAUCGCGGUAUACCGCGCUCACGGCCAUAAGCCGACCUCCCCUCUGGCGUUGACGAGGGGGGCAUCGGUUGGGGGCGGCGCCAACUUGGUUACCGCGGCGGCCAUGCUUCAACAGCUGGCCGCAAUAGCACUCAUUACGGAGCUCAACGAGAAGCGCGUCUUCAUAUUGCCAGGAGUGGGUACUUUCUCAGUGAAGAGCUCGCCAGCGCGGGCAAACCUCGACUCGCCGCUCAAGUUCUUCGAGAAGACUGAGGGGCCUGACAAGGACCCGACCUGGGUGCAGUCACUGCCGACCGAGGCGCUGCGCCUGGCGAUGCAACGCUUCCUCGAAAUAGACCAGGACUUCUACAAGCAGGAGAUCUCUGACGCCCUCACCCAGCAGUACGCCGAGCGCUACAACAUGGACAAGUUCCACAGGAGCGUGCGAGUGAACAAGAGGCUCUUCGAGAAGUUCCAGGAGGUCACGCUGCACCAGCCUGCGAUGGCAGGCCUCAUCCAGACGGACGGGAUGCGUGCGAUCAGCCAGCGUGUGCUGGCCAGCGGGGUGGGCGGGGAGAUGGAGCCGCCUACAGACGGGGCUGACGGUGUGGGGGGAGAUGUGGAGAGGCAAAAUGGGUUCUCGCCGCCGCCAAUCACCAUCGUCAUCUCCAUCAUCUUUGCAGCCGCUGUGGCUCAAUACCUGGAGCUGAUGAAGCGCGUCUUCAGGGAAGUGGUGCGCAAGAAGGGCGCGGCCAAGGGGAAGAGGAGGCCCCCCCGCGACCCAGUGGAGGACGUCAUCCCCACGUGGAGGGACGGGGAGCUCCAGGUGGACGUGCGGCUGCCGUGCACCGCGUCCGCCACCGGGGUCCUACAGGCGCUCCGCGACUCCAUGGGCGCGGCUGGCGAGGCGCAGGACUCGGUGCUCGCGCAAGCCUGCCGCGAGGCUGGCUUCCCAAGGCCAUCCCCGGAGAUGGUGGAACCGGUGUGGCCGUUGGAGAGGGCCGCGGAGCAGCUGGAUUUGGCCAUGUUCCGCAAGUUCGAGGCCGGGCAAGACUGGAUGACCACGCUGACGGACGAUCUGAGGAGGCUCCUGCCCCUGCUGGAACAGUCGCGCGAGGUCUUCCAGGCGGCCACCAGGCGAAUUGCCGUGCGCGACCCCGAGGCGUGGAAGAAGCUGCUUUCCCUGGAGAGCUUGGCUUGCUUCUUCACCCAGCGCACGGGCAAGGAGGUGUGGCUGCUUCCCGUCAAGGACGUGAGAGAUAUCGGGAAAUCCACCCCCGUCGAGACAAGGCAGUUCCCCGAGUGUCGGAUGAAGCAGUCGGGCCACGGCGCCAAGGGCGUCCAAGCCAUCGCGGAGAGGGCGCACGGGCUCCUGAAGACCCGCCUCGCUCCGGGCACCCAGUGGGCCCAGGAGCGCUUCGGCGGCGACGUCCCCGAGAACGACCACCAGCGCUCCUGGGAGUCUACAGAG